AUGGCUGGCAAUAAGAGCAAGGCGGACGGUAUGCGACCAAACAAGGGGUCAGCAAAAAGCACCUCUGGUGUGCAGAGCGCUGGGGCUUCGGCCACCGAACCAAGCCGCUUUCUUUUCAAAACGGCAACAGCACCAAAUGCAGAGACCGCACCUGCCAGCACUCCCAGAAACCCUUUCGUUUUGCCAUCAGUUGCGCCCGCAAAUGGCCCGAAAUCCAGCUUCACAACCACCACCACCGAAAAGAAAACUCACAAGCCCCUUUCAAAGGAGGAGUACCUUGCGCAAGCCGAGAGGCGGUACCAGGCCAGCCGUGACAGAGCAGACGCCGAACUCAGGAAACUGUACCAAACAACUUGCCCAUUUGCCAAACGUGCCGUUAAACGUUAUGCGCAAAGGAGAUCCCAGUGGGCAGAAUCUAGGAAGCGAUUGCAAAAAGCCGGUGCUUUCUUAGAGAACACCAUGGGCACCCUCAGCAAUGCUCAUACCUUGAAAAACUCGAGACCCAGCGCUUCCGCCUCCAAGCAUCUACAAAAGACGUCACCCCAAGUCUCCCCAGAGCCAUCAUCCGCCAAACCCCACGCUCUUCCCCAAAUCAGUUUCAGUGUAGACGAUCAUCGUAAUAAUGACAGCAGCAAGGCUCCUAGCGUCACCAGCAGCUCCGACGAAACAGUCAAGUCAGACACCAGGACGGUUGACUCACUUUCCACGAACAUCACGACACCCGAUCUGUCCGACUGUGACAGCUUGGUCAAAUCCGUGACGAAGUCGACCAAGCAAAAGACGACUUCCUCUUCAGCUGCAGUUACCCCCUCACAAACUAAGGCCGAUAUUGUCACAGAAAAACCCACUCCCAAAGCGGAAAAGUUCAAGAUCACGAUCAACGUCGAGGCUGUAGCUUCAUCGAAGGAGUCCAAGUCGUCUACCCAAAAAACCAAAGAGGAUGCGGGACCAACAACCACCAGCGGCGCUCUGACGCCCAAGAAGUCAGUAGACCAAAAGCACGAGAAGAAGCAGAAGUCGAGCAGCGACAAGCAGGACGGUCAAGAACUCCAGAAGGAGAAGGAGAAGAAGCUCAAGGCCGACGCUCAACCAGCUUCCGAGAUGAAGAAGUCCAAGAAGCACAAGCGGGAUGAAGACGACCAGUCGGAAGGCGCCACCGAGCAGCCCAAGGCGAAAAAGUCCAAGACCUCAGCAGAACCCCCCACAUGUUCCGGUGCCGCCAUGACUCCUGCCGCCAUCGACAAGUCAUACAAGCCCUACCCGAACGUGCCGCCUGAAAUCAGGAAAGAGCUCUUCGUCAUCAAGGUCCAGGAAAUGCUCGACAACCCGCUCGGCUACGACGACCUCGUCUACGACGACAACAGGCCCAAGAGCAAGCGCCCCAAGUGGAGGAAGACCGGUCGCAACACGGGCCACAACGACAUGAUGAUGUCCGGCGGUAUCGGUCCUGCCGAUCCCUCUUCUGGUUCCCACAAGUCGGGCAAGGGUGGUGCUAACAAGAAGAACCGGUCGGGCGGUGAUGACAGUCUGUCGAAGCAGGUGCUCAAGAAGGGUCAUAACAAGAGGGUUGCGGAGGAGGUUGCUUCGCUCAAGAAGUCCUCGGUGGCGGCGGAGUCGGGGUCGAGUUUUGGGGAGAAGAGGGAGAAGGAGUUCAAGAAGAACAAACAUGGACAUCAGAAUGGCCAGGGCCAGAAGAACUGGAAGCACAAGCCAAAUCAGUCUGGUAGUUUGGCGGCUAAGUUCAGGAAGCACAAGUGA